AUGCCUGGGAUGGAAAAGCACCACAUAGAUAUUGACCUGGAGAUCUUCCCUGUCGCUGAAGAAGAGCAUUUGCUUGGCUUUACUGGAAAUAUAAUCAGGAGCGCUGACUACUCAAUCGAAAUAAACGAUAUGCCAGUAGAGAGAAUGGAUCGGCUCGGAGAAAUCCAUACCAUGAGCCCAAUCAUGGCGACACUUUCCGUCAUUGGCGUUCUUGUGCUCACUGCACUUGUUGGGCUGGCGGUACAAAUUGCCAACCUAUACGUGUUUCAAGUCAUGGUUUGCAAUGCGAUAAGCCGUUAA